UGGAUUAGAUCUCAUUCAGAGCAUUUGACCAAUCAUAAACGAGCCCUGUUUGUUAUGAAGGCGUUUUGUUAUUGUGUUUUCAUGCAUCACAAAAGAAGUGAAACCAGACGAGCUUCAGGAAUUCACUGCUCUAGUUUUCAGGCAUGAGGAAACGUACGUGAAGAUUAACGCUUGUGGAGGAGGAAGUGCGGUGAGAAAAAUCAGCUGUAAAUUCUCAACCCGUGGCAUUCGGCUGCUGGAUCUGACAUGCUGCACUUGUGUUAUGUUUAUCUUUAUUCUGCUUUCAGGUUUUCAAGAACUCAAGAGGAUAGUCAUUUAAUGUGAGUGCUGACGUACUGUUGUAUGAAGAUGACGAUGAUGGUGGAUAGCAAGGAUUUCUGGAGUUUGGAUCUCUCAAACAUCAUGGUGAAGCAGCGAUCGACGUCUUCUCAAACGCGUUACUCCAUCAGCUCCUGCCUCUGUAAUCUGUCUCGCUGUGAAAAAAAUUCUCCUAAAUUCACAGAGGUGCAGAUGCCUGAAGACUCACAGGUCGUGGAGAUGGCAGUGCUUGUGCUGGGAAUUCUGCUGGGAUUUGUGGGAUUUGUGGCAGGAGUCGUUGUUAUCGUAAUGAGCAAACUGGAGCCGCAGGCGGUAUGAUCAUGUCCUUCACACUGGACAUCAUUUCUUGAUGCUGAUUUAUUGUAUAAAUAAAGGUUUUUUUUAUUAAA